AUGUUGCAUGAAGCAAAGGACAGGCAGAAGUUCGUCAGCGAUGUUCAGUAUCUGCGGGACAUACAGCAUAAGGUGGAUUCUGAAUAUCAGGCUUAUCUGAGACGACAGGACUACAGACAAGACCCAAAUGAGAAGAAGAAAGAUCAGUUCGGGGGGCCAGAGACCAGUGGGGAGAGAACCCGGUGUUCUAGUGGGUCAUCUUCCAAACAGAGCUCUGGAGAAGACAAUUCUCUAGCUGAAACCAGACCAGCGGCCAAGUCUUCUUUGGGGAAGUGUGAGUCUUCCAGACUUCCAGCCAUCGACCAUACAUUAGUCAGGCAGAAACACAAAAGCACCAUGACUCCAAGGAAGCCAGAGGGCGCGGACCCGGGCAGAUCCUCUCCUGCCCAGGCACCGCAGAUUUUGUACAGGAAGAGGAGGCCGAACCUGGGGAGACUGACCGUCAGCCCGGAGCUGCAGAGCCCGGCAGCAGCAAGGGACAGAGGCAGACGGAAGGCCCAGCUGCCGGUCAAGGUGUCGGCCCUCCGCGGAGCAGAACAAACCGUCCAACAGGAAGGCCUACUCUGGGCAGGGGACAUGAAGCUAAAGAGGCCAAUGCGAGAGAGAAGAAACUUAGUCCCCUACUCGCAGAAGCUGGCAACGACUGAGAGUACCCUCAAGAGAAGCAAAAGAGGAGACCCUAAACUUCUUCCCCACAGUGAGCUCCACCCACCGUUGGUCCAGUCCUUCCAGGGCCCAAGCAACCCUCUGGGGUCACGGCUCAUCUCCGCCACCACCUUGGAAGGGCCUAGGAACUCACCGUUUAGAUUCCGAGAUAAAGAUUUUCGUUCCAUCCUGACUUCGACCCCUGGAGGAGACGGCAACGAAACCGAAGAGGAAACCCACAUCGAGGAAGAACUCCUGCUGGCCCGCAUGUGCUCGUCCCACUCUCAUUCCCGUCAGAAGAAAAGCCGAUUUCUUGGUGCCUCAGCCGCUCUGAGCAAAACUAAGCCUUUUGAUAAAAACCCUGAAACUCGCAGGAAGAGUCCAGCAAGAAGCGAGUUCAGCCGUGGCCAGACAAGAGUGAGCACUGCAGGGGAGUCAAAGGCACGGCAGCCUUCCCCUGGGCAGAGCCCCGUCAGAGACCCUGCACUGCCCAAGGGGGACAUUGCUAAGGAGGAUGACAGCAGUGAUGGCGAACAUGAGCAGAACCCUCACACCACAGCUCACCGCAAUCUCGACAAUAACCUCCAUGCUGAAAGCACGUCUUGGAACACUGCCUCUCGGGGAGAGAGGCCCGGCACCCGGGGCUACCGAGGGUCCUGGCACACCUGCUUAAACAGCUUCAGCAGCUCCCUGGACUAUUUUCUUUUGGGACCAACAGCUCCAAGAGUAUCCCUGAAUUCCACUUAUCCUACUCCGGGCUCGUUUGUGCCUUCUGCUCUGAGCCACGUUAUGCCAGUCGACUUGGCGCCAACCUCAGCUCACAGAUCCGGCUCAGAGGUCAACUCGAGGGAUUUUAUGCAUCGGCCACUGUGUCCCAUUAGACACAGGAAUCUGUUGGCUGGUAUUGGAAACCAAAGCUAUUUUACAGCAAAUGGCAUGCAAGAACAAGAUGUCGGGAGAGCAGGUGACACCGCUUUAACCAGCCCGCCCAGGGAAGCUCCGCUCCAUGCAGAAGAACUUGCACUCGACCCUCAAGGAUGCUUUUCCUUGGAGCCCACCAGCUCCUCACCAGCAAGGAUGAACUUGCAAGACCACUUGCAAGUCCCUGCAUCCCUGCAAGAAAAUGUCCCUUUUACCUUCUUUGCGGUGUCAGACUUCCCAGAUCAAAAUGAUUAUAGGAACAGAGCAACAGCCUCUGACUUGGGAGAGGAAAAGGGAGACCCUGAGACAAAGGGAGACCCCGAGAAACUCAAGAAGCUGCAGGAAAGUCUCCUGGAGGAGGACUCGGAAGAGGAGGGAGACUUGUGCCGCAUCUGCCAGAUCCCCGGAGGGUCCCCGGCCAACCCCCUCCUGGAGCCAUGCGCCUGUGUGGGAAGCCUGCAGUUUGUCCACCAAGAGUGCCUGAAAACGUGGCUCAAAGUGAAAAUAACAUCAGGAGCAGACCUGGGCUCCGUGAAGACCUGUGAGAUGUGUAAGCAAGGCCUGCUCAUCAACCCAGAUGACUUCAACAUGACCGAGUUCUUCCAGAAGCACCAGCAGUUCCGGGUACAGAACCAGCUGAUGAACUCGGGCUUGUACCUGGUGCUCCUGCUUCACCUCUACGAGCAGAGGUUUGCAGCACUCAUGAGACUCAACUCGAACCUUGUCAACAUAGAGAGGUUGUCAAGAAGUUACACACAACCCAGACCGGAAGAAAAUGAAAGUAGGUUGUGGGGGGAUUACGAGGUGGGAGAGGAAAGCGGGGUCCAGCCGAGCAACCGCCGGGUCAUGUAG